AUGGCUAGCGAUUUUCCUAAUUCAACAUUUAUUGGAGUAGAUAUAUCACCUAUAUUCCCAGCCUCAAUAAAACCUCAUAAUGUAAAUUUUUGUCAAUUAAAUGUAAUAACGAAUGGACUAUUAGCGUUUGAAUCGAAUACUUUCGAUUUCGUAUAUAUAAGGUUUAUGAAUUUGGCAUUGAUGGAAAACCAAUGGUCAGAAUUAUUACAAGAAUUAAUCAGGGUUUGUAAACCUGGUGGAUGGAUUGAAUGUAUGGAAGGUGAUUUACAAUUUGAUAACGAAGAUUUCGAGAAAGAACAUAAAUCUACUCCAAUAGGCAAAUGGGGUGGAAGAGUUGGUGAAUUGGCAAAAGAAAAUAUAAUUGCUUUAUCAAAAUCCCUUAAACCUAUUUUACAACCAAUUCUUAAUAAUUGGAUAAUUGAUAAUAAUGAAUCGAAUGAUGAGACAUUUAAUAUAGAAAAGAAAAUGAGUAUUUAUAAUAAUGAUGAAUUUGUUACCGAAAGCGGAGAAUUAGACAAGAAUAAUCGAAGAUUUCGUAGUAGUAAUCAAAUAAAUAUGUUUGGUCUUAAAUCAAAGAAUGAAAUUAGAUAUUCCAAUGAAUCUUCUACACUUGGUACCCGAUAUUUUUAA